UGAAGAGCAGCGGCAGCAGAGGUGUGAGCGGGGGGCGCUGCAGAGCACACCACCAGGAUACCUAGGCCAACGCGGAGAGCCAGGAACGAGCGGACACCAAAAGCCAGCCAACCAUGAGCACGUACACGGUGACGCUGAACGGACCGGCGCCGUGGGGUUUCCGGCUGCAGGGCGGAAAGGAUUUCAACAUGCCCCUCACCAUCUCCAGGAUAACCCCUGGGAGCAAGGCGUCGGGCGGCAGCCUGGCGCAGGGCGACAUUAUCACGGCCAUCGACGGCCUCAGCACUGACGGCCUGACGCAUUUGGAGGCUCAGAACAAGAUCAAGUUGGCCACUACCAGACUCGUGCUCAGCAUGCAGAAGUCAAGACGUCCUGCGCCUGUUCCGACGGCAACCCCCAGGAUGGACUCCCCCAUGCCUGUCAUCCCCCACCAAAAGGUCAUCGCCAACACACCAGCCAACGUGGAGUACACGCCUAGCUUCAACCCCAUAGCCCUGAAGGACUCAGCCCUGUCCACCCACAAGCCCAUCGAAGUGCGCGGCCCCGGCGGCAAGGCCACUAUCGUGCACGCGCAGUACAACACGCCCAUCAGCAUGUACUCGCAGGACGCCAUCAUGGACGCCAUCGCCGGCCAGUCGCAGGCCAAAGGUCACGAGGGUGCGGUACUGCCUAUGAAGGACCCGGUGGUGGAUUGCGCCUCGCCCGUUUAUCAGGCGGUCAUCCGGCCCAGCGACAACGCCCUAGACUUGUCUGAGUGGGCCCGCCGUGCCGCCAACCUGCAGUCAAAGAGCUUCAGAAUGCUGGCCCACAUCACCGGAACUGAAUACAUGCAAGACCCGGAUGAAGAAGCUCUGCAGAAGUCAAGAGAGAAGUUCGAGUCGGAAAUGAAAGGUCCUCGCUUCGCCAAGCUGAGGAAAUGGCACCACGGAUUGUCCGCACAGAUCCUCAACGUCCAACAGUAAAGUCAAGCAAGGACGGACGCACACACGCAAGCAAAGAAGGAAGGAAGGGGACAUGGAGCAAUAUCAAAACAAGAAAUAAAUUCAUAAGCAAGCAGAUAAGGAAUGUGAGAUAGCGUAGCUAUGAGAAUGUGUUCGACUAACAGUUAGUGGGACAAUGCCUCACUAUAUACACACAUAUACAUAUUUAUAUAUGCGUGCGUACAGUAGGUACAGUAUAUGUAUGAGUUCUGCGUGUCGUGUCUGCAGCUUAGAUCUUCGUAUUGUGUUUCCUCUGUGCUCGAGUUACAUAAGUGUACAAAAAUAACACGCAUAUGUUUAGAAAACACACAUGCACACACACAUGCACACAUAGUAUGUAAAAAUGCACUCAAAAUACACUCAUGUCAAUGUGAAUAAAAUGUUUUCCUAAAACGAAAUGGUCGCGUUGUGGCAACAUGAAUAUAGUUUGGGAUAAUACAGCAAGAUUAGGAUUAAUGAUUGCAAUAUAUUCUACAUCGGUGUUUUUCGAGCUUUUUUGAGUCACGGCACGUUUUUACAUUGGAAAAAAAAUCUUGCGGCACACAACAAACCAAAAAUGUUCCAAAAUUACUUUCUGUACGGUAUAUUUAAUCAUAAAACAAUUUCUCAGUAUUUAUAAUUACUCAGUGUGAAACUUGAGCCUGUUUAGAUGAACUGGCAGGAAUCUUCUUCAACAGCUCUCAGUCUCUCUCCGUUUUUAUUUUUAAAGGCAGCUAGGCUUGAAAAGCUGAGAAUUAUCAGACAGGCAAUGUCUAACCACAUCGGAGCUGACAUCUCGCGAACAAUGGCUUUGCAGGCAGGUAGUAUUAAUGUCCCUGCCACAGCGUGGGACUUUUUGAAGAUAGCAACGGGUUCAGCAAAAAGGUAACUGGCUUUAAGGGCUUUCUCAUUUACCUUUGUAGUUUUUCUAAAAAAUAAAAAAAGUUGCCUGUCUUUCUGUGUUUUCACGAAACUAAACAAAAUAGUCCAUCGACUUGUUUUGAAGCGACGGGUGUUUCGUUUGGAGAUGGUGUUUGAACUUUCUUGGCACCAUGGCGCUGCUCAUGUCACAUUCAAGAACUGCUCGGAUUUCUCGCCAUCAGCCACUUUGCUAUCCUCGAUAAUUAGUUGGGGACACAGGGGGAGGAUUCACAGUCGUCACAUUUGGAUAAAAUGGAAAGGACACUUUCGUGUAUAUCGACACUUGACGAGUCUAAUCAAAUGAUGUACAGUAGACGUGCUGGGGUCCACAUUGUCACG